GUGCGCUAACCGCUCAACACGCGCGGGGCGGAGAUUGGAUUUGUCUGUCUUGCUGACAGAAAUUGAUUGGCCUUUCGUGGUGAAAGUGCAAGCUCCAAAAUCCAUGUCAUAGAUCAGAAACAAUAAUUAUCAGCCCAUACUGGAAUUAGAAGUCAUCAUGGAAGAUUCUGGAGAUGAGGUCGAGGCAGCAGUAGCAGCUACAGAUAUACUGGACUAUACUUUGGAUGACUUCACAAUUGAUGACAGUGAAUUUGACAUUCCUGAAGUAGAUUCAGCUCCAAGUCUUGAAAGUAUUCUGAAUGAGCCUGAGGAAUCUUUUGAACCUGAUAAUCAUUCAUUGAGUUUCUUCUCUGUUGGCCCUGAUAACAGUGAUAGUGUCUCUCUAUCUGAAACACCAGCAACUCCUGACAAAUCCCCAACUGCUAACCAGAAGAAGAAUAUUCAGUACGAGGCGCACGGUUCGAUCCUAAGGCAUGUGUUGUUGAGAGGCAUUGCAUCCCAAGUUUCAUCAGCAGCUGAUCGUGUCGAUGCUGGUAAACCAACAGCCAUUGCUAUCUCUGUCCAGAUUGCUGUAGGAACAUCACAUGGUCUUAUCCUUGUAUUUGAUCCCAAGCAGGUUCUACGUUGGUGUCUAGGAAGCACAGCUGUAGGUGCUCAGUACGGAGCUGUAUCAGCUCUAAGUAUCAACAAUGAUUGUACAAGGUUACUGGCUGGCUUCGCAAAGGGACAGAUGACAAUGUGGGACCUUACCUCAGGGAAGCUCUUACGAACAAUCACAGACGCCCACCCACCUGGUUCAGCAGUGCUACAUAUUCAAUUCACAGAUGAUCCCACCUUAGCUAUAUGCAGUGACUCCGGAGGAUCAGUUUUUGAGCUCAGCAUGAAGAGAGUCAUGGGAAUGAGAACAUGCGAGUCCAGAUGCCUGUUUUCAGGAAGCCGAGGUGAAGUAUGCACCUUAGCCCCACUCAGAAUGGAUACCACCAUCACCAGCCAUCCUCUCAAAGAUUUCUCACUUCUUGCCAUGGCAACCCUCUCCAAGGUAUUCAUCGUUGGACUGAGACCAAGGUUGACUGUUAUGUUCACAAAACAACUCAGAGGUGAUCCUUCAACUUUGCCCCUCCUUGCCUGGCAGUUUGUCAUCAUCCAGGUCACUGACACCGCUAAGGUCGUUGACCCUGUCCUUGCCUGUGCUCGAACAAACACCAUCAACUUCUAUCAGGUGCUAUAUCAAGAAGAUGGUAACAAGGUGAAGUUUGCUCCACUCCAGAGCAUCAUUCUAUCCUACAGCCUUCUUAAUGUCCAGUGGAUGAAUGCAAAGACUCUAGUGACGGUGGAUACGACCGAGAAGCUUCAUGUCAUCGAUGUCAAGACAGAAGAGGAAUUGGAGGUCAUCGAUCUCGGAGAUGUUGAGCUUGUCUACGGGAGCAGUCACUUCAAGAGCCUCGCUACAGGAGGCAAUGUCAGCAAAGCAUUGGCAUUGGCUGGAGAAAGGGCAUGUUACCAGUCUAUUGCUACCAACAAGGGACAGCUUAUCAUACUCGGCACCAAGUCUAUUCAUGUGAUGAGCAUCAGGACAUGGCAACAGCGACUGGAAGUUUUGUUGAAAGCCGGGAAGUAUAAGGACUGUCUAAGACUGGCUAGUUCUUAUUACAACGGAAAAGCAAAGGCUGUCAUAGGUCUAGUUAAGAAGCAGCCCCAGAGACAGGCAGCUGUUGCUGACAAGAUUCUUGAGAUUCUGUUUGACUUUGUUGAGAUCUCGAUGAAGCAGGGCCCAGAGAGGGGAGCAAUCCACCUCUUAGAGGAACACUUUCAAAGAGUUGUACCAGUAUGUGUGGAACAUUGCCUUAUGCUGGGUAGAAAGGAUGUUUUGUUUGGAUCAAUCUACGAGCAAUUCAGACAUGACAUCAUCGCCAAGGGGGUUUACCUACAAUGUCUUGAGCCUUACAUCCUCAAUGACCGUUUGACCUCUGUGACCCCUGAGGUCAUGAAAGAUUUCAUCGAGCACUAUCGUCAGAAGGAGCUCAUUUCCAAUGUAGAGGCUUGUAUAGUGCAUAUGGACAUUGCAAGCUUAGAUAUUCAUCAGGUCGUAUCGCUUUGCUGGGCGUAUGGUUUAUAUGACGCCAUCAUCUACGUGUACAACAAAGGGAUGAAUGAUUACGUGACCCCUCUAGAAGAGCUUCUUCAGCUGCUUAGAGCUGCUGUCAGAGCCACCAGUCAACUCUCAGACAACCAAAUUAGACUAGGAAACAAGCUCCUUGUAUAUAUCAGUUGUUGCCUUGCUGGCAGGGCAUACCCUAUGGGUGAUAUACCACCUCAUCUAGUCAAAGAUGUCAAACAAGGGGUUUGGAGAUGUCUGACAGCUCUGCACACGACAGACCCAUCCCCUGAUGAACCUACCUAUCCUAACCUUCGAACCCUCCUGACCUUUGACACCAGGGAGUUCCUCAACGUCAUGUCCCUAGCGUUCGAGGAGCCAGAGUUCGAUGCACCUCAAGAAGCAAAUUCGAUGCAAUCCCGCCAAAGAAUAGUAGACAUUCUACUACAGGUCAUGGUAGAAAGUGUUGGCUUCUCGCCUGCUCAGGUUGGCUGUCUCUUCACCUUCUUAGCACGUCAGAUGGCUAAACAUGAAAACACAAUCUAUGUCAAUAGAAUGCUCUUCGAACAGGUAUUGGAGUUCCUGUCCAACCCUUCUGGCGAAACAAGGCAUGAAGAGAGGGAGCAAGCUCUGCUGGAGCUUCUUAAUGCAGGAGACCUACUCCAGGUGGAUCAUGAAAGACUCCUCCAGCUCGCAGAGGGAGCCAAAUUCUACCGAGUCUGUGAAGUCUUGUAUGAAAGAAGAAGAGAGUUUGAUAAGAUCCUUCUCUGCUAUCUAAGAGAUUCAUCAAGAAAGUCCUCAGUAUUCUCCUACAUUCACCAAGUGAUGAUUGAGAGCUACUACACAGAGCCAGAGAAAGAUGCCGUCCAGAAACAGGCAAUCAAACAUCUUCAGGAUCUUGUUGCCAUAGACAGCAAGGAAACCGCCCAGCUGGUCUUGAAAGUCUUUGCUCAUUCUUUGAGUGAUGUUGUCAUACAACUACAGAACCAACCACAGCUGCAGUAUGAGUUCCUUGAAGGUGUGUUUGAUGGCAGAGAUACAGGUAGCGCCCUCUAUGGACGGGAAGAGGCACAGCCAGACUGCGUUCUUCAUGAGAAGUUCCUAGAUCUGAUGUGUACAUUCAGUCCUAAGAAGGUCCUUAACUUUGUCAUGAUGUCUGAGAACUACAGACUGGAAGAAGCACUUCAUAUUGUCCGUAAGCACAAGAUGUCCGAACCCACUGCCUUCUUGCUGGAGAAAUCUGGAGACAUACAAGGAGCCUUUGGGAUCCUGAUGGAGAACCUACAAACCAAGGUCAAAGGUCUCUCGGAUGCGGUCAAAGGUCAAGAUGGAAAUCAGAAUGAUGGAAUGGAUAUUACCUUGUGUCUAUCCAAUGUGCAAGUAGUUCUGAUGGUUCUUGUUCAGCUGUGUCAAAGGAACUCACCAAAGCUUGAUGAAGAGGGAAGAGAGACUUUAUGGUUUCCUCUCUUGGACCUUAUGAUGACAACACAAAGAAGACUCAAACCCUCCUUCAAUGAAACCCAGUUUGAAAGUUUCAAGGAAGUUACAAGGCAUGUAUUGAACAGCAUGAUGGGACAUCUCUCAUUACCUAGAAUCCUUCAGAAAAUUAUGCAGGAUCCAACGUACAGCACAGGCAGGUUUGGGGAGAUCCGAGAGCUGAUUGUUGGGAUGUUGGACACAUACACAUAUGAAUCAACCCUGCUCAAGACUGCCAAUAGAUUACUAGACAGAGAUCUCUACGGCUCAGUCAAGAACCUGACCAUGGCUGCCAAUAGAGGGCUCAUGCCUCGUAGGGAAUGCUGCAUGAUGUGUGGAAAGAAUUAUGCACAUUCAACCGAGUCGGAUAACAUUCUAAUCUUCAGUUGUGGCCACACCUACCACACCACAUGCCUGCAGACGGCUGGCUGCUCAGCUCUCAUAGACGGUCAGAGACACUGGACAUGCUUACAAUGCUACUCAGCUAGGAGAGGGGCGGCACUUACACCUAACAGGAGACCACGCCUCUUCAGCUCAGGGGAGGAGCCUAAGAGAGGAGGAGGGCCGACGUCGCCAAGGGGUGGAGCUGCAGGAGGGUCUAAGGAUACUGCUGAUGAGGAUGUAUCAUUGAAUCCAGAGCAAGAAGCAUCUCUUGAAAAUCUCAAGAAAUGGACGGAAGGCCCCUCCAGGUUGGCCAUCUUGAGUGAAGUUUUGAUGUCGCAGCGAGCCCAUCCUACUUCAAAGGGCCUUGUGAAACCAAAUAGUAUUCUACAUCAAGAGAGUUUCAGACUUCAACUAGCCCCUCCCCCUAGUGAUGAAUGACAUGAUUCUACAUCAGGAGAGCUCAAGACUUAGACAAGCUCCUCCUCCUAGUGAUGAAUGACAUCAUUCUACAUCAGGAGAGCUCAGACUUAGACUAGCCCCUCCCCUAGUGAUGAAUGACAUCAUUCUACAUCAGGAGAGCUUCAGACUUAGACUAGCUCCUCCCCUAGUGAUGAAUGACAUCAUUCUACAUCAGGAGAGCUUCAGACUCAGACUAGCUCCUCCCCUAGUGAUGAAUGACAUCAUUCUACAGCAGGAGAGCUUCAGACUCAGACUAGCUCCUCCCCUAGUGAUGAAUGACAUCAUUCUACAGCAGGAGAGCUUCCGAUUUGAACAAAACCCUCUCCAAAGUGAUGAAUUGCAUUCCACAUCAGUAGAGCUUCAGACUCAGACUAGCUCCUCCCCCUAUUGAUGAAUGACAUCAUUCUACAACAGAAAAGGUUGAGACUUAGACUAGCCUCUCCCCCUAACGAUGAAUAACAUCAUUAGACAUAAGGAGAGCUUCACACAAUUAGCCCCUCCCCGAAUUGUGAAUGUCACGGGCCAAUCUGUGUGUGUUGAAAGCCAAAUUCAUACACCAUUUAUUACAGCUUUGGAGUGAUCUAUGCUAGUAAAGUCCUCCGAUAUUUCCUUCCGUCAUAUUCUGCUCUAUUUAUUGCAUUUAUUGAGGAAAGUAGACCCAUGUUCAUCAACAAAUGUCUAUUUGCAUUUGCAUGUUAUGUGACAUCCUCUCGUGACACCAUUCCACAUUUUGUUGUCUGGCUUAACUUUUCUCAGUCAGGUCCUUAUUCUAGUUGCCUUGCUAGCUUCAAUGCUGGACCCCAAAUUACUUCUCAAACCGUAACCCUGAAGUUGACCUCUAGCCAAAGUGCCAAUGUUGCGGGUGCAAAUGCUGGCUCAAUGUUGAAUAUGACCAUUAAGGAGCACAAAGGAGCACAGAGUGCAGCGUCUCUCUUUGUAAGAUUUCUUGCCUAGUUUUAUCAUAUCAACUAUAUGGCCUUUUUUCUGCAUGUUAGAUAACAAUCAUUUAUGAUCAAAACCAAGACACAAAUAGAUUCAUGAAUAACCAAUAAAGGACUUCCAUAAUGAUUGAUUUGAAAUUUGUAGUAAUAUUGUUUCAAAGCUUAUUUGCAUAUGAUAUUAUUGGUCUUCUGCUUUUUUCUUUUAUUAUGUUGUCUGAAUUGAAAGUUGAUGAAAUUUCAUGAAAACAGGUCACAAUUUCUAAAUGGGUGCAAGGGUAAUUUGUAUUGCCUAUGUCUUUUCUACGUUCAGUGUAUACUAUUAGUUUGUAUAAAAGAACAACUCUAAGUGAUAUUUACAGUAUGUGCAAUUUAUUUCAUGCAUAGAUUUAUGUAUAUGUUAUGAUAUAUUUACUUUGUAUGACAAAGAUAAUUGUCUGUAGGAAAUGAUAUUACCAAGAUGAUAUGCAUUGAAUUAUGUGAUGCAAUGGAAAUGAAUGUUAUAGUAGUUAUAUUUGUCUUGUGCUACUCUUAAUUGUAUAGAUUUUUGUUUAUGACAAAGAUAGAUUUAAGAUGGAUUCAGUUUACCCUUAUGUAUUGGCUUAGCGGGAUGACAUAAGCCAACUUGCCCAUAUUUGCGAAUAUAUUAAAAUGACAAUAUCCAAUAUGGGCUUGUGCAGGGUAAUUGGUGGCAUGCCUACUAGCCUGGAAUAAGUUAAUGAUACUAUAAUGUUUUGUAUCAUUAAACUGAUGUCAUAAUUAAAAAAAUCAUAAAGGAAAGGUGCAGUUGGUGUCUCUUGUUAUUACUGCA